CCGACUUCAGAAUGACUUUUGUUUGCUGCGUUUCUGAGCCUCAUUUCAUUCGCCUGCCAAACCCUGAGUUACAUUUUAAUCUUUAAAGAUUGCUCAAAUUCACACGUCAGCUUUUCAAACAUGUGUUUUUUCUGACAAUAAUGUGGCUACUGUAUAAGACUGCUGUAAAGGAAGCAUCUUUCAUCCUUUUGAAACCUACAACUUCCCGGAGCCCACGAUACAACCAGGAGCAUCAGGGGUCCAAAAAUAUUUCUCAUGGAGAAGACACAUUACGACUCUAUCCUGGACCGCAGCAAACGCAUUACGUGGCAGGACGACUGCUAUGUGGAUCUUCAGUCUACGACCUCAUCACAAGCAGAAACGGAGGAUCUUGAUUGGAUCCAAAGGUACCGAGACCAGCUGCAGAGCUUUAUCACGCCCUCCUUCCUGGGGGAGAUCUUAACCCACAUGAAAAACUUGGAUGCGCUCACUUCAGCUGAGGAGACCAAGAUCAAGCAAGCAGGCCGACUACAGGAUCAGAUUAAGAUGCUCACGACUGUUGUUGCUGGCAAGGACAGUCAAAGCUCCGAUAUCCUUCAGAGUUUCAUAGAGAGCUCAGAUUCUCAUGUUGCCCAGCUCAUCAUUAACCAUGAUAUAAUGAUAAAAGAGCACAAGGAGGUGCUCUUACGACGAUAUGAACAGUACAGAGACAGAGAUUCAAUCAGCUGUCCCAAACUCAACAUCUCCUCAAGAACCUUACUGCUGGUCGAUGGACUUUCUGACCUCCAACAAAAGGAACAUGACCUGAUGCAGGUGGGAGUGACUCGAGGAGAGAAAAGAAAUCAUCUCAGGCAGCUGGGGCUAGCAAAGCUGUUUGAGCCCCUCACCCGGGUCAGCAUGCCCCCUAGGGUCUCCCUCACAGUUGGGGUAGCUGGUAUUGGCAAGACAACCUGGGUGAGACACUUCAUUCGACAGUGGUGCCAAGGGACCAUCUGUACAGACAUAAACUUUGUUCUACCUUUCACAUUCUGCGAGCUGAACUCGCUGGAGAAGCUUUCUGCUGAGAGGCUGGUGAAAAUGGCUUUUCCUCAUAUAUCAGAUCCCAGUCUGGUCCUGAACAGCUCCUGUCGGACUCUGCUCAUACUUGAUGGUUUGGACGAAUUCCGCUGCAAAUUAAAUUUUGCUGAUGCAGCUUCUUGCAAUGACCCAAAGAAAGAAAUGCCUAUUGAUGACUUAGUCACCAACAUCAUCCGAGGGAAUCUGCUUCCUGACAUAGCAGUCUGGGUGACUUGCAGACCAAGAGUAGCUUCAUUUAUCCCUGGAGGUUUGGUUGACCGGGUGACUGAGAUCCCAGGAUUCAGUCCCAAGGACAUAGAGAUCUUUCUGAAUCACCAUUUCUCUGAGAAGGAUUUUGCAGGCAAAAUAUGGUCCCACUUGGAAUCCCAUAAGAUCUUGAUGGUGAUGUGCUACAUACCGUGCAUUUGCUGGAUAGUAGCAGAUACUCUGUUGUAUAUCAUGCAGAAUGAAGCACAGGAGAGUCUUCCGAGGACUUGCACUGAGCUGUAUGCAAAUUUCUGUUCAAUGAAAGCAGAAAUGGGCGAACCAAGAGGCAGAGAGCCUGUAAAAAUGGAACAGCUUCAUGGGAGCAUUCGGAAACUUCUGGGCAAUCUUGGACGACUGGCCUUCUACGGGCUUCUUAAACACAAGUACACCUUCAGUGAACAGGACCUCAAGAACUAUGGGAUAGAUCUACUUUUGACUCAAAGUAGUCUUGGUGUUGGAGUACUUGUUCGGGAAGAGUCAGCCAUAAGCACAACAUACCGCUUCACACAUUUGACUCUGCAGGAGUUCCUUGCAGCUACCUUCUACCAUGUUUCCUCAAAGCGGGCAAUCUUUGACUUGUUUUCUGAGAGCUCCAUGUCCUGGCCCAAGAUUGGCUUCCAGAACCACUUCAGAAGUGCCUUUCAGCACUCGCAACAAGCUGAGGAUGGUCACUUGGAUGUGUUUGUACGCUUCCUAACGGGCCUGCUGUGCCCAGCAGGAAUCAAAUCUCUCGCUGGGCUUCUGGCUCUCGGGAAAGACGAUGGCAGCAACAAGGCGUGGGCUGCGGGGUUUUUGCAAGGCCUCUUGGUAAGCGGGGGUGCUGUGGUCUCCCUGCGUGCGGUCAACCUAGCUUACUGUUUACAUGAGCUGCAACAUACAGAGCUGCUGCGGAGUGUAGAGGAGGAUUUACGGCUCGGCAGUCUAGCAGGAAAGUUAACACGGCCACACUGUGUGGUGCUGGGCUACCUGCUGCACGUGUCUCCGGAGUGCAGCGAACAAACCAACCUAACAGCCUCGCUGAAUGUCGCAACAGUCAAAUGUUUGCUCCCGCAGCUGCUGUACUGUGGCCAUCUAAGGUUGGAGAAUAAUCACUUUAAAGAUGAUGUCAUGGAGUUGCUGGGAAGUCUUCUGAGUGCUAAAGACUGCCACAUCCAGAAAAUAAGUUUGGCGGAUAAUGCCAUCGGCAACAAAGGAGCCAAAGCCCUGAGUCGAGCCCUCUUGGUGAACCGCACGCUGACUUCUCUCAAUCUCCGGAAUAACAACAUCGGCUCCAAAGGUGCAAAGUUCCUGGCAGAGGCUCUGAAAAUGAACCAAGUCCUGACAUCAAUCAACUUUCAGAACAACGCCAUUGAGGAGGAAGGUGCUCAGUCCCUCGCAGAAGUGCUGCAGUGCAACCGCAAACUGGUGUCUCUGAAUAUACGGAAGAAUACAAUCGCAGCAGGAGGAGCCAAAAGGAUCGCAGAUGCACUGAAGACCAACCGGACUCUCACAAAGUUGAUUCUUUGCAGUAAUCAGCUUGGGGACAAAGGAACAGUAGCUCUGGCCGAGGCUUUGACGGUCAAUCAUACUCUCCUCUCGCUCCAACUGCAGAGUAACUCAAUCAGCAACAAGGGAAUGACGGCCUUAACCAGAGCACUGAGGCUGAACCGUGGCCUCGUCUCCUUGAAUCUGAGGGAGAACUCCAUUGGCAUAGAGGGAGCAAAGAACAUGGCCCAUGCCCUCCAUGAGAACAACACUCUGCAGGACCUUGAUCUCACGGCCAACCUGUUACACGACGAGGGGGUUCAGGCUAUAGCUGGCGCAAUCAAGUUUAACCGAGGUCUCACCUCUUUACAUCUGCAGUGGAAUUUCAUCAAAUCCACGGCCACUAAAGUUCUAGCACAUGCGCUCCUCUCCAAUGCCACAAUGCAGCUCUUGGAUCUUCAAGAAAAUGCUAUCGGGAAUGAAGGUGUCAUUUUUCUUGCCGAGGCUCUGAAAACCAACACGUCACUGCGUACAUUAUGUCUUCAGGGAGUUUCAGCAGGUACAAGUGGCGCCAUUAAAAUGGCAGAAGCUCUAAUGAGCAACCAGACGCUACAAACAUUAGAUCUGCGUGGGAACACUGUAGGAAUGGAGGGAGCAAAGGCCCUGGCCAACGCCAUGAAAUUCAACAGAAGCCUCAAGUCGCUGAAUCUGCAGGAGAACUCUCUGGGUAUGGAUGGCGCCAUAUUCAUUGCAACAGCCUUGAAGGGAAACCACCAACUAACAUACAUCAAUCUGCAGGGAAAUGGCAUCGGAGAAUCUGGAGCAAAGGUCAUAUCUGACGCUAUAAGAGCCAGUGCUUCUGGCUGCGUGGUGGACAUCUAGCCCAGAUAGAGCAACCUUCACUGAGGAAAGUCAUUCUUGCAGUACAGGAAAAACAGUUGGCUUUGUUAUAAAAAGCAAAUGUAAACUAUGUAAUUUAGUCAAACUCAUGGUGUAUAAUAGUUGUGAAUUCCACUCUUUGACAAGUUAUUUGGUGCACUGUAUAUUUUUUUUUAUAUAGAUUCGCUAAUAUUUAUAUUUAUUAGGUAAAUAAACAUAGUCACAGUAGUUUUGAAGCUGCAGUUCAGAUUUUAGACAAAGACAGAAAAUACUUGAGAAGCACAAUAUCUAAUACAAAAACAUGUAAAACUCAGAAAGUGGAGCUAGAUUCCUCCGUUAAGAUGACAUUUUUGUAUAUUUGCUCGGUUUGCACAAUUAAAUGUGGCCAAAAUAAUAAUAAUAAUAAUAAUAAUAAUAAUAAAUGUAUUAAGUUAUUUCAAAAGGACCAAACUGGUUUUAUAACUUUCAUUUCAUCUGUGUUGUUUGAUUUAUUAUGUCUGGCUUAUUGGAAAUAAGUCUUUGGCUAUUUUAACUCUGCAUGUUUUAGAUGCAAUUAUAUUUUAUCAUAAUGUUGGGGGUCUCUGGAAAACAUGUCUUUAAAUUAGUAAGAAGACUGUGGUCUACCUUCUCUGAACUUUAUCCAGCAGUGGGUUUGUGGACCCUUAAAUAACAGCAAUCCAGUUCAUUAUUUGUCUCGGCUUUAGCACCCCAGUGUGUCAACAAAUGUACAUAUAUAGCUAGUUUUCCAAUGAUAAUCACAGAAGAUGUAAUGUGUACAGUUUGGGUGAUGCAUGUGGAUGAGCUUCUUUGACUUCUUUGAAACAGUACCUGUUAAUAAAUGUGAGAUAUAUGUGAC